AUGGAUUCGGAAACGAUCGAAGAGCUCCUUGCUCCUUACCUUUCGGCAACGUCGAUCCUUGUUUAUCCUAUCACUACACUUUCGGCGAUGUUUCUGUUAUAUGGUUUAUACAUCCCCUUAUUCGGCCUAUCUAUCCGUAUUCUUUGGCGGCGCAAUAACGCUAUCUCCAAGCUAUACUUAGGAUUCGUCAUUUCUCUCUUUGUGUUAGCAACGCUCAGGAAUGCUUGCGUGGCCGCGCAACUGAUUCGACAAGCCCUUCUAACGCUUUCUGCGGCGAAAACGAAAGACUAUGGAGACCUUUUGAGCUACCUUCAUGAAGAUAAGAGGAAGACUGCUUUAUCCACCAUUACCAAUUUGACAGACAAUCUGAUGAAUGCCAUCGCAGACUUCAUGCUUGUUCACAGGUGCUACUCGAUCUGGGGAUCGAAGAAAGUUAUGCUAUACCCACUAGGACUUAUCGUCAUUGUUAUUAACGGCACGGCUCUGGGAAGCCUCAUUGCUUCAGCGAUUGGGUUCAGCGACACAAAUAAUAUAUCAAAUGUGAUGCUUUUCGUGAAGGCUAACAGAAUCAAUGAUGGAAGCUGGUUAGCGGUGGCCGCUUUCAACCUAGUAUUGACGUUGUUGAUGGCCGCACGGAUUUGGUGGAUUACGCGCGAGGCAAGGGAGGUAAUGGGGAGGUCGAUACAAACCAGGUAUCGGAAGAUCGUAGCUGUGAUUCUCGAGUCCGGCUUUCUCUAUUCAAGCACCCUCUUGGCUUCCCUCAUCGUGUCCCGGGAACUCGAUCCAGACGAUCAUGGUGGUUCCGUGCCGAUUGACCUUGGAGUCAUUGUUUCUACGAUGCCUCGGCAUAGAUUGAGGGUGUCAGAGCUAUAG